UACAUCUGUCCACUGCAGAGGCACAAUCCACAAGCUGGACUGUGAUUGGUUGGUUCACGAAAAGUGACAGUAAUGAGCAACAAAAGGAACCCAACAUGCUCCCUGUUCUGUUUCUGCCGACAGAGAAAAGCAGGCAGGCGAGAACGGGAAAAGGUUGGAGAAAUGGCCUCAGAUACCAUGAAGGUUGCUGCCCUGGGUCGACCCUUCACCCUAGGAAUGUUCUAUGAUGCUCGGACAGAUCAACGGAUCCCAGGUUUGACAUUGUGGGAUGAAGAAACUCUACAAGAGAACACAGUUGAAAGCUCUCAGCACAGCAGUGCAUUUGAAAUUUCUGCAUCUGACUCCAUUGAAUCCAGGUCCUUUCUGCUGGAUGUUGAUGCUUCUCUGAAGGUCAGUUAUAUGUGUGGACUGAUUGAAGUUGGAGGAUCUGCCAAGUAUCUGAAUGAUACGAAGAAAUUCAAGAAUCAGGACAGAGUGACGUGUCAGUACAAAGCUACCACACACUUCAAACAGUUGUCAAUGACUCACCUUACAACUAUGGACAAACAUCAAAUAGAUGUUAUUCAAAAGAGCUCUGCAACUCAUGUAGUCACAGGCAUCCUUUAUGGAGCAAACGCUUUCUUUGUAUUUGACAGUGAGAAGUUAGACUCCAGCAGUGUUCAGGACUUUCAGGUCAGCAUGGAAGCUGUGAUACAGAAGAUCCCCAAAUGUAAUGUUGAGGGGAAAGUUGAACUCAAGCUGACCGAUGAAGAAAAAGCUCUGACUGAGAAAUUCUCCUGCAAAUUCUACGGAGACUUCAUUCUUGAAAGCAACCCAGCAACAUUUGAAGACGCAGUGAAGACCUACAUACAACUUCCAAAGCUGCUGGGAGAAAAGGGAGAGAACAGUGUUCCACUGAAGGUCUGGCUGAUGCCACUGAAGAAGUUUUAUUCAGAAGCUGCUGAGCUGGUGAGAGAGAUCAGUGUUGGACUAGUGAGCAAGAUAGAGUAUGCUCUGGAAGAUUUAAGUCAAGUGGGAAUGAGAUGCAACGAUUCUCUGGACGACAGAUCGGUAGAGAAUUUUCCACUGAUUCAAGAAGAGUUAAGCACUUUCCAAAAACUGUGUAAUGUUUAUGCAACUAAACUCCAACAGACCAUGGAGAAGAAACUUCCCUCAAUCAGAGCAGGUAAAGAAGAUGAGAGCUCAACAGAAAAAGUCUUUGAAGACAGAGACAAGUCACCAUUCAGUCAUGAGAAAUUAAGCAAGUGGAUGGAAGACAAAGAGAGAGAAAUCAACAUCAUCAGGUCCUGUGUAGAAAAGAUGGAGGGAACACAGAUUGUCCACAAUAAGUCAGAGCUGGAC